AGGGUUAAAAACUUAAAAUGGAUGCGGAGGCAAAGGGUUCGAUGUGAUUGGGGGAUCCCUUCUCUCUCGUCCUUUGACUAUUCUGUCGUUUCUGAUUGGUCCCCUUGUCAUCAUUUCCGCUCCUCGGCGGUUUGCCGGUUAAUAGCCAUAACCACGCCUUCCUCUCCUUAUUACCCUAUUCAGGCAACCCAUAGCAGGAGCAGAUUUUCCCCAUCCGAAACUGCAAACGAUACGCUUUGUUCCCAGUGUUUACUUCCAUGGCAGGAAAAGCUGCAGUGAAAUCUGUGGUGAAGUCAGUUGGCGAAUACCAGUAUCCAUGGCGAGAUAAGCUGGUGAAAUACAAGGACGAGCUAUCUAAAGGAGUUUGGGGUUAUUGGGAGCUUGGGGCUUGGAAGCCUCUGGGCAUCAGUGCCCGUCGUCGGGCCCGCCUUCGCAAAGAGGUUCUUCUUGCUGGGGAAGAUUGGGAUUAUGAUCCCCAAAGGAAGGAAAUGAGAAACAAGCGUAAAGGGCAUAAGUGUGACAGAAUUGCUGCUGAAAAGCGGGAGAAUACUGCUGCAUUGAUGCAGAAGAUGCCUGCCAUGUUAGCUGAUUAUAGGAAGAGAAGGUGGGAGAGGAAGAUGAAAGAGGAAGAUGAUGCUGCUAGGAGAGCUGUGCAAGAAUAGGUUUUGCUAGCUGUAGCAUUUCUGUCAUCAGUGCUUUUACCAUCGUUAUGUUUUAUAUACAAUGUCUUUGGCCUUAAUGAUGCAUGACUUUGAAGACUUCUCUUGAAUCCUGAGGUUUCCCUUUCUCUCUGUUACAUAUCGAUGAUGACAUUUGACAACAAACAGCUCUAUGAAACCAACAUCUAAGAGAUUCUGAUAACACUAUGACGCAUUUGACAAA